GGGACCGGCCGGAGGGGCUGCGCGCCGAGGCGGUGGUACAGCCUGGAGCACCCCGCAGCUGCGGGCCGGGGACCCUGGACCCCUCCCCACGCCAAGAAAGAAGGAAGGAAGGAAGGAGCCAAGCCUCCCCCACGAGGAUGACACUGAACACCCAGCAAGAAGCAAAGACCUCCCUGCGACGGCGAGCCAGCACCCCACUGCCCCUGUCCCCCCGGGGCCACCAGCCUGGCCUGCGCACAGUGCCCUCCACUUCCACGCAAUCCCAGCAUCCCCGGCUGGGCCAGUCAGCCUCCCUCAACCCUCCCACCCGGCAACCUUCACCCGCCCCCAACGGUUGGUCCUCUGAAUCCAGCGACUCUGAAGGCUCCUGGGAGGCCCUCUACCGUGUGGUGCUGCUCGGAGAUCCUGGUGUAGGGAAGACCAGCCUGGCCAGCCUCUUUGCAGGGAAGCAGGAGCGGGACCUCCACGAACAGCUGGGAGCUCUUCCCUCGGUUGCAGAAGAUGUGUACGAGAGGACCCUCACCGUGGACGGAGAGGACACCACACUGGUGGUCAUGGACACCUGGGAGGCUGAGAAACUGGAUGGGCCUGGGGUCCCUCCUCUACAGGAUGAAAGCUGGAGCCAGGAAUCAUGCCUGCAGGUAGGCAGCGCCUACGUCAUCGUGUACUCCAUCGCAGACAGAGGCAGCUUCGAAAGCGCCUCUGAGCUCCGCAUUCAGCUGCGGCGCACACAUCAGGCAGACCACGUGCCCAUCAUCCUGGUCGGCAACAAGGCGGACCUAGCACGCUGCCGAGAAGUCUCCGUGGAAGAGGGCCGCGCCUGCGCUGUGGUGUUCGACUGUAAGUUCAUCGAGACGUCCGCCACGCUGCAGCACAACGUGGCCGAGCUCUUCGAGGGCGUGGUGCGCCAGCUGCGCUUGCGUCGCCCGGACAGCGCAGUCCGGGAGCCACCUGCCCCUGCCCGACGGCGGGCGAGUUUUGGCCAACGCGCUCGUCGCUUCCUGGCACGCCUGACAGCCCGCAGCGCCCGCCGCCAGGCACUCAAGGCCCGCUCCAAGUCCUGUCACAACCUGGCCGUGCUCUGAGGCCCUCUGCCCUCCCAGGGGUGGCAAGACACUGGGGUGCACUCUGAGCUCCACCGACGCCACCGAAGAGCAAAGGCGUAGUGACCUGGAGUGCUCAUCGUAGGCCUUGCAUGCCUGCUGCCCCGACUGCCAGAGCAUCUGCUGGAGCCACAACUUCAGGGACCCCCCUCCAUCCUAGGAAGCGAUGGACAAACUGUGGGGCCACAGCCCAGGCUGGACACAAAGUAGGGUUUGUUUGUUUUUUAACGCGAUGUGUGUCUAUUUGUAAAAAUUUUCCAUGUCUCUGGGCUCUAGCCAACCCUCAAAAAAAACCCCACAAUAAACCAGACCUGAAGGAUGUUUCAUCUAAA